ACAGGCUGACAAUAAGCAAUAGAAAAAAAAUCCAUUACGGCAUCGCCAAAGGAAUGGACGACCGAUUACUUGGAGCAAUUGGAAAAUUGCAGCAUUUGUGAAAAGUGAAACAGUUUACCGACUCCUUUCUGGUUCCAUGCUACUCCUGGUAAUGUGAAGGAAUUCACAAGAUACAGCAGUAAACAGAUUUCGUUGGGCCGCGGAGAGUGAUGUGUGUUAGUGAGUGAAGUGCAGAUAAAGCGCAAAGAAGCAGCAUUGAAGCACAGAAUGUGCCGCAGCUAGUGAGCAUCGGUAGAAAUGUUGUGGAGUGGAAUGAAGAGAUAAGUGAUCUGUGCCCCCGUGUAACAGAGAGAGAGAGAGAGAGAUGUAAAGCACACGUGUGCUUUUGUGCGUUAAUGAUUUGCGGUUCAUCAGGUUCACCAAAAUAUACGUGGCAACACAGCAAAUAAUCUCAACCCAAAACCAACCGGCUUCGUUUUCUCUCAGCCCCCUCUGCAUCCUCCUGUUAUCAGUUGCAGGUCGAAAAUAAAAGUUUGCGCUGAGUAGCAAACAAAUAGUGUUGCCGAGAAGUGUUUCUUGUUGUGUUUGUGUGCGUGUGUGUCGGUCUGGUUGGUGGCUUGGUGCGUGUGUGCGAUUGGUACAGUGUUUGUGUGUAGUAUAGCUUGCCAGUAGUUGCUAUUUCCUGCCUCAAAACGGAUCAUCCUCGCAAACGGGGCAGCCCUCCUUCAUCGGUCACCGACGAGUCCUCGUUACCCUUGUCAGCGUCCGCCGGGGGCCGUGGGGGAGGAGGAGGAGGAGGAGGAGGAGCUGGUGGUGGUGGCGGCGGAAGUGUUGCUGGGGGUGCUGGUAGAAGUCGUAGUGCGGGUGCUAGUGGAAGUGGUGCCGGGGGAGCAUCAGCAACAGCGGGCGGUGCAGCAGCUGUAGAAGGUGGGGCCAGAAGCAAGGGAAGAAAAGGGAGUACCGCAGGUAGUGGUAAAGGAGGAGGUGGUGGUGGUGGUGGUGGUAAAGGUGCUGGAGGUGCUGGUGGUGCUACUGCUGACGGAAGUGUUGGCGUCGGUGACGCAGAUCGCAGCAGUGGUGGCGGUAGUUCGGCGGCCAGCCAUCGACACCAACCAGGAUACCAUCGCCAUCUGCAGCAAGCGUCAACGGCGGCGGGUAUAAACCCAACGGCAACGACUACGACGACGGGCUCAUCAUAUGAGAAGACCAAUAACAUGGCUUCAUCAAAUCACCGCGGUAUACAGAUUGGAUCCGCCUGGUUUCAACGCAAAAUCAACCUACGGCCGCAGCAUCGUGGCGUCCACCUGGUGACGGAGGAGAUUCUACGGCAGAUGCCCGAGCUUGGUCAAUUUUCUGUCGGAUUAUGUCACGUUCAAAUUUUGCACACAUCCGCCAGCUUAGCGUUAAACGAAAGCUGGGAUCCAGACGUAAGGGAUGAUAUGGAAAUGAUGUUAAACAAAAUAGUGCCCGAAGGUCUACCAUACAGGCAUUCUUGCGAAGGUCCAGAUGAUAUGCCCGCUCACGUAAAAGCCUGCUUUCUUGGAAGUUCACUGACAAUCCCAAUCACCGAUGGCAAAUUGUCACUCGGUACAUGGCAGGGUGUUUGGCUGUGCGAACACCGUGACCACGCGGGCUCCCGGAAGCUGGUGAUAACGCUCUCCGGUUGUCCCCGGGAUUCGGCGCGAAGUCCCCUGUCGCCAGUGUCACCGAUCGCCUCCACCUCCAGUUAGGGACGGCCGCGCUCUGCUCGCGAUAGUCGGUAAUCGUGGGUUAGAGCGGCUUUCUGCUGUAAGGUCAACAAUUGUUCAACUGCAACUACAACAUCAACAGCAAUUUUAACCAAAUCAACAACAGCAACCACAACAAGAAAUACAACUAACGCGAACAGUAAUGCUACUACUACUAAUACCAUUACUAAACUAAAUAAUAACGCUACUUACGACACUACUUUUACUACUACAACUACUAAUACUAUCACUACUUCUAAAACUAUAACGGUAUCAAAUUGUAAUGGAAGCGAAUCUGUUUGAAAAGUGCUGAAUGAACAAAGCAAUUGAGGAGGAGCAAGUGGAAAACGGAACACAUUAAAACAGCUAGCGAGAUAUUUAACAAAAUAAAUAAAACUCUAUACAAAACACCUUUGCUAUCGCUUUUCGACGAAUCGAAUAAGCGAAAGAAACAAAUGCAAAACAUUCCGCUAAUUGAUCAACCAAAGUUGAAAUUAGCAAUUGAAGAAAUAAAAGGGCGAAAACGCGACAAAAACAGAUAAAUGUUUGGCGAGCGAAUAAAUAACAAACUGCUAAAGCGAAUGGAGUAAGAAAACUAGCAAUGAAUUCAAUUGUUAAAGCAUUUUUUUAGAAGCGUUACAAAGCGAGCAAAGCAAAACAGCAACCUCCUGAUGCCGUCACUUUCACAAUUGCAAACAAACAAUAGAAUGAAUACAACUGAUACAAACUUAUCCUUCCAAGUGACGCGUGGAACAUAGAUGCUGGGUGCAUAAUUCUAGUGGAAUGCAAUUGUUACAAAUAAAAAAAAACUUCAACUAAUGAGCGGUAGCAGCAACGCGUCGAGGAAAAUAAAUAGUAGCAUGGUGCGCAAUAAAUAAUCGCAAACGACGAUAAAGGAUUGGAACAAAUAUAGUUGCAGCAGGGUCAAAUUAAUAAGUGAAGUAAUUUAGGGAAUAGGUGUACGUGUGAGUGUAUAUGUGGGUGUUUUCUAAGUUUAAUUCAAGUUGGGACAUUCCUUUCGUUGUUUGAUGGAUAAUUUGUUGUCACGUUGUAAAUUGCUACUCAUAAAUGACCACACAUGUGCCGAUAAGUUAACGAAACUGUUACGGGGGGAGGGUAGUCUGAUCUUUUGCUUUUGAUCAACACAUAGGGUUCUUAGUCUAGUAGUUUGCACUAGAAUCAUGUAAAUGCAUUCCUUGCGUUUAAAACAGUUUUAUUUACAGCGCAUUUUGAAUUGAAUUAUUGUUUGCCGGUCAAAAUCUACUUCAAAUCGAUACAGAAACACCACCACAGGGGCAUUUCAUGUGUGCUAUCGCUCUAGGAAUAUGUUAUCAAAACUAUUAAAAAUAUCAUUUAUUGUAAUUUCCUGCCGGGGACCAUAGGGUCACAUUUUUUAAAUUCCCCAUGCCCCAUUUCACAAAAAUCCACAGUCUUCACGAUCCUAUUAUUGUGCAAUCUAUACUAAUGUUGAAAUUCAAAUGAUAGGGAUCAAUUUUAUUACAUCGUUAAAAAGUUGUUUAUGAUUUUACAAUACAAAAAAAAAUCCGAUUUGUUAAAAUGUAUUGAUUUGAAGUGGAAUUAUGUUAUAACGUUUGAUUAUUACAAACUGCUGAUCUUGCCAGGGAAACGAAACAUCAUUGAACGAAUAAACGUAACCGUAAAUAACAUACAUUGGAAAAUGCUUAUUUGAUAAAAAUAUUUAAUGCGUGCGACGUGUCAAUAGAAAAAAAGGAUAAACAUUGUAUAUAGGACAACAUUUUUCAUACUUUCUGUGAUUUAAGUAAAAGCAGAAGAAAACUUCGUUCGCAAAUCUUGUUCAAAUCCAGUUUAUCAUAAUGUUGUCGAGCAGAUUCGAUUUACCAGAGAUAAUAGUGGCGUUAUUUUCAUUUUAUUAUCCAACACACGAUCAGUUUCCAUAUGGCUGAUAUAUUGGUAGCUUCUUGUGGUUUUUGCAUCCAACGAAUUUUUUUGAACUUGAUGAAUGUCAUUUUACUGUCUUCUUUUCGAUGAAACACACAGAUUGGCGAUAUAAUUUGGAUUAAUUUGAGUUUUGUUACCGCAAUCGCUCAAAUGAUGAAUUGGUUCAAAUCCUAUUAUAAUAGGGUUCGUUGUUAGAGAUAGGUGGGUGUAUUGAUAACCGAACGAUCAAGAACGAUCGACCGUUGUGCGAAACCCGAUUGUUCGCUCAUUUUAGCUGAUAUUUGUGGCAUGCAAGAUCACUAUAAUUUGUAACAAAAUUUUAUGAGUUAUUUAGACAUAUUUGGGAUCAUUUCACGUUUAUGUUUUUGCAUAUAAUUUUAACUAUAGGAUCAUUUAAGAUCCGCUUAUGAUUGUUCUUUUUUAUCAAAUUCAUGAUGAGCGAAUGCUCCCGACCGAUCCAUCUUCAGAACAGCUACCAAAGUGUCCGUUUUUUAGAGGAUUGUGAAGAACUUCUUAAAAUGUUGUUACUUUAACUUCUCUUCACAGUUUCGUUUCAUGAUUGUAUGUCCUGUUAAGUGUACGUAUGAGUACCUAGCCAUCCCGUGGUGGUUUCAUUUUACUGCGCAAUCGAUUACGCUAACACAGAAUAAGCAAUCAUUAAUCACGCAGAAACGUAAUUGAUUCGCACUGUUAUCAGGCCGACAUACCAGACCGUGGAUGAUGUUUCAUUGUUUCGUUAUUUCAAUAUCGCACGUUCUGUUACUGCACUAAACGGAAAGCACACACUUAGUGGCGGAUAGAGAUGGUAACACAGAAAGGGGUCGGUUGGUGGGGGGAGGGGGGGGAGGAAGAAAUAAACCAACGCAGCAAUAAAUUUUAGAAAAGAUGAAUUCUAGAGCCAUUGAUGCCACACCGAAUGUGGGGUCUUACCGUGACGAACCUAAACAAUCCCUAUUGCUAAACGCAUUGCGUUAUUAUUCCGCAUGAACUUCCUAACGUGAUACGGGAUACAACCGCAAAAGUUGAAUGUUUACGGGACCGUGUUUACUUUGUGGACUGCGUCAACCGGUGUCGAAACCUCUUAAAUUACGAAAAUGAAAAAAUAAAAAAAAAAUCAUUCAAAAAUUUA